AUGCCCUACAUUUCUCGUUACGGUACGGAUGAGCAAAAGAGGAAGUAUCUACCAAACAUGACCAGCGGAAGGUGUAUAGGUGCAAUCGCCAUGACUGAGCCGGCUGCUGGCAGCGACCUCCAAGGUAUCCGAACCAAUGCCAAACGCGAGGGAACCGACUGGGUUCUAAAUGGGUCAAAGGUAUUUAUCACCAACGGUUAUAUGUGUGAUAUGGUGAUCGUGGUUGCUAUCACAAAUCAACAAGCAAAGUCACCGGCUCAUGGCAUCAGUCUGUUCCUGGUCGAUGCUGGUACAUCUGGAUUUACCAAGGGCCGCAAGCUAAUAAAGAUGGGCCUCAAAGCACAGGAUACGGCGGAAUUGUUUUUUGAGAAUGUCCGUCUACCAGCUGCCCAACUUUUGGGAGAGGAGAACCGCGGUUUCUUUUUGCUAAUGAAUGAAUUGCCCCAAGAACGUCUUCUGAUAGCAGACAUUUCUCAGGCCGGAGCAGAAUUUGUGUUUGAGACUACUCGCAGUUACGCGAAGUCGCGCAAAGCUUUUCAACGAACAUUGAGCGAUCUGCAAACUGUUCAGCAUCGUUUGGCUGAAAUGAAGACCAGUAUUUGCGUGUCUCGGGCCUUUGUAGAUCAGUGCUUAGAACUGUUAAAUCAAGGACGUCUGGACUCGAGUAUGGCAUCCAUGGCCAAAUAUUGGGCAAGUGAUCUUUUCAAUCGCGUGGCUCACGAUGGUGUUCAACUUCAUGGCGGUUGGGGUUACAUGUGGGAUUAUGCAGUGUGCAAGGCAUAUGUGGAUUCCCGGGUCCAAUCGAUUUACGGUGGCUCAAACGAGAUAAUGAAAGAACUAAUCGCUCGGUCUAUUAUGAAAGAUUGA